UAUCUUCAUAGAAUUUAAGAAGAUUGCAAAUCGCCAAUGUAUUUUGCUCAUGUUGAGGUAACAUUAAUCUUUCUUAGUCAGCAAUUUGACUAAUCUGAUGCGUUAUCUACUUGAGCCAAUUCAAAUUCAUUUAAGAACAUUAUUCACAUUUAUCUCUGAUAAUACGCAGAGAUAUUUCUUUAAAAGUGCAGUAAAACUGUUGGAUGCAGUGCAAUCGUCAAGAGUUUGCAGAAUGCCAAAGGAAACAAAAAUCGUGAUCGUUGGAGCAGGUGCAGCUGGCAUUGCUGCUGCCUCGAGAUUAUUGCAAAGAGGAGUAAAUGAUUUUGUAAUAUUAGAGGCCAGUGAUAGGAUCGGUGGCAGAAUAUAUACUAAAGACUUUGGUGAAAAUGUGGUAGAUCUCGGAGCUCAAUGGGUUCAUGGAGAAUCUGGAAAUGUAGUGUUCGAACUUGCCUCCAAACAUGAUCUACUAGGUUCAUUCGCAGUUCUGUAUGAUUCUAACAAACAUGAAUUUGUUACCAUUAAUGGUGAAGUAAUGCCCAAUGAUGAAAGUAGCAAAGCUCUGAUGAUUUAUCAUAAUAAUUUGGACAAAGUGAAACAGGAAGAAUUCAAAGAGGAAAGAGGAUCGUUUGGAGAUUUCUUUAUAAGAGAAUAUUAUAAAGCUUUUGAUACAAAUCCUUUCACGAAUCGUGCUCGAGUUGCUGAAUAUUUAUCUUGGAUAGAAAAAAUGGAAAAUUCUAUACAAUGUAGUGACACAUGGUUUGAUAUUUCCGCAAAACGUUUGACCGAAUAUCGAGAAUGCGAGGGCAAUCUUGUGUUGAAUUGGAAAAACUAUGGUUAUAAAACAAUUUUUGACCUGUUAUUGCAAAAGAUUCCAAAUUCAGAGGAAAGUUUACCGGUAAUGGAAAAGAUAGAGUUCGGAAAAGUUGUGGCAACUAUCAAUUAUAGCUCAGGCGAGAAUGCAAUGAUUAUUACCAAAGACGGAUGCGAGUAUUCUGCAUCGCAUGUUAUAUUCACUGGGUCUCUAGGUGUUUUGAAGGAGAAACAUUCCUCGAUGUUCGUGCCACCUUUGUCGCAAAAGAAACAACGCGCGAUAGAGGGAUUAAAUAUUGGAACAGCGAACAAGAUUUUUCUCGAAUUUCCGCACAAAUGGUGGCCGGAGGAUAAAGUCAGUUUUAAUUUGAUCUGGUCGGAAAAAGAUAAAAAAGAAUUCUUGCAAACUUAUGGUCAAAAUAGCGAAUGGUUGUGUGAUGUGUUCUCCUUUUUUAUCGUGGCUUAUCAGCCGAAUCUCUUAUGUGCUUGGAUAACUGGAAAAAAUGCGAGACACAUGGAAACCUUAUCGGAUACUGACGUAUUCGAUGGAUUAUAUUUAUUGUUAAACAAAUCGUUUGGAAAACAUUAUAAUAUUGUGAAGCCAACAAGAAUAUUAAGAUCUAAAUGGUAUACUAAUGAACAUUUUCGGGGCUCAUAUAGUUUUCAAAGCAUGCUUUCCGAGCAUAUGAAUGUAACACCGAGAGAUUUGGCAGAGCCAAUUAUAACUGGAAUUAAACCUGUAAUUCUUUUCGCUGGAGAAGCUACGCAUGAUCAUUAUUAUUCUACUGUGCACGGUGCCGUGGAAACUGGUUUCCGCGAAGCGGAUAGACUAAUUGAGUUUAAAAGAACGUACAAUCGCUUAGAUCAACUGAUUGACAACUUCGAUGAAGCGUUGGGCAUAGAGAUUGAUACGAAAAAAAUGGAAAAGACGAGAGUUGUGAUAGUAGGCGCGGGAAUUGCAGGAUUGGCAGCGGCAAAAACUUUGGAGAAUGCGGGAUUCAUGGAUUAUCUUCUUCUCGAAGCUCAAGACAAAGUUGGAGGAAGAAUUCAUUCUAUUCCAUGGGAUAACGGCUGGGUAGAUUGCGGGGCACAAUUCCUGCAUGGUGAUAAGAGCAGGCUUGCUCAAUACUGUCUCAACAAUGAUUUAUUAUCGACAAUUCAAGGAACGGACGGCGACGGAAUUUUCUUACGCGAUGACGGAACGAUAAUGAGCGACAGUUUGGUUCGUGAAGUCGAUGAUUUCGUACGAACCGUCUUGGAUGAUAUCUGCGAAUCUCAAAAGCCUUUGAAAAAGAAGGAAAAUAUCGGUUCUAUCAUGAGAAAUAGGUUUGAGGAUUAUUUACACGAGCGAAAUGAUCCUCCGGUGGAAAGGAAAAUGAAGGAGGAAAUCUUCGAUUGGAACGUGCGGUUUCUCCUGGUGGAUAAUUGCUGCUACUCGUUAGACGAUUUGUCAGCAGUUCUUUGGGGAAAGUUCAAGGGAUGUCGAUCACUCAUCUUUGCCUGAAUGGACCAAGUAUGUCACAGGAUUCGAUGUUCUGCCGAUUCAUGCAGCCACUCUUAUAGUGUGGAUCGGCGGGCGAGGAGCGUGUAU